GUCUCUGGGUCAGUGGCUGGAGAGCCGCCCCAGUGAGUCGGUGUCUAACUGCCAAUUCAGUGGGGCCCAUUUACUGCAGAGCCACAGCUGAUGAGGGUAGACGCCAGCUUAACAACACCUUCUUUACAACUAGAGCUCAGAAAACCCGAGAGAUCCGUGGAGAAAGAGAAGCCCAGGAGGAGGAAAGGGCCCCAAGGAGCCGUGCUCCUGAGGGUUCCCUUAGGUGCUGGUGGAGACGUGCCACUUCGUAGCAAGUACAAAAUUGGAAAUGUUGGCUUCACUAGAACCUAAGGGCCUUGUUCCCUUCACUAGAGAGUCUUUUGAACGUAUACAACAGCGUAUUGCUAAAACGCAUAAUGAGGAACAUGAAGAAGAAGAUAUAAAGCCAAAUAUUGACUUGGAAGUUGGCAAAGAGCUUCCAUUAACUUAUGGAAACCUUUCUCGAGGAAUGGUGUCAGAGCCCUUGGAAGAUGUGGACCCAUACUACCACGAGAAAAAAAAUACUUUCAUAGUAUUAAAUAAAAAAAGAACAAUCUUCAGAUUCAAUGCUGCUUCCAUCUUGUGUACAUUGUCUCCUUUCAAUUGUAUUAGAGGAACAACUAUCAAGGUUUUGGUGCAUCCCCUUUUCCGGCUGUUUAUUCUAAUUAGUGUCCUGACUGAUUGCAUAUUUAUGUCCUUUACCGAUUUGCCAAAAUGGAGACCAGUAGUAGAAAAUACUUUGCUUGGAAUUUACACAUUUGAAAUACUUGUAAAACUCUUUGCAAGAGGUGUCUGGGCAGGAUCUUUUUCCUUCCUUGGUGAUCCAUGGAACUGGCUUGAUUUCAGCAUAACUGUGUUUGAGAUUAUUAUAAGAUAUUCACCUCUAAGCUUCAUUCCUAUGCUUCAAACUGCAAGAACUUUGAGAAUUUUAAAGAUUAUUCCUUUAAAUCAAGGUCUGAAGUCUCUUGUAGGGAUUCUGAUCUGCUGCGUGAAGAAACUUACUGGUGUCAUUAUCCUAACUCUGUUUUUUCUGAGCAUAUUCUCUCUAAUUGGGAUGGGGCUUUUCAUGGGUAACCUGAAACAUAAAUGUUUUCGAUGGCCCCAAGAGAAUGAAAAUGAAACCCUGCACAACAGAACUGGAAACCCAUAUUAUAUUCGAGAAACAGAAAACUUUUAUUAUUUGGAAGGAGAAAGAUAUGCUCUCCUUUGUGGCAACAGAACAGAUGCUGGUCAGUGUCCCGAAGGAUAUGUGUGUGUAAAAGCCGGCAUAAAUCCUGAUCAAGGCUUCACAAAUUUUGACAGUUUUGGCUGGGCGUUCCUUGCCUUAUUUCGGUUAAUGACUCAGGAUUACCCUGAAGCACUUUAUCACCAGAUACUUUAUGCUUCUGGAAAGGUCUACAUGAUAUUUUUCGUUGUGGUAAGUUUUUGGUUUUCCUUUUAUAUGGCAAGUUUGUUCUUAGGCAUACUUGCCAUGGCUUAUGAAGAAGAAAAGCAGAGAGUUGGUGAAACAACGAAGAAGAUUGAACCAAAAUUUCAAAAGGCUGGAAAAGAAUUUCAAGGACGAAAUGCAACAGCUGAGGCCAAGACCGUACAAAUAGAAAUGAAGAAAAGGUCACCAGCAUCCACAGACACAUCGCUGGAUGUGUUGGAAGAUGCUGCUUUCAGACAUAAGGAAGAACUUGAAAAAUCUGGGAAGAUCUGCCCAUUAUGUUGGUAUAAGUUUGCUGAAACUUUCUUGAUCUGGAAAUGUUCUCCCUGUUGGUUAAAAUUGAAAGAAUUUGUCCAUAGGAUUAUAACAGCACCAUUCACUGAUCUUUUCCUUUUCAUAUGCAUAAUUUUAAACGUAUGCUUUUUGGCCUUGGAGCAUUAUCCAAUGAGUGAACAAACUAGCAAUAUUCUCAGCAUUGGAAACCUGGUUUUCAUUGGAAUUUUCACAGCAGAAAUGAUUUUAAAAAUAAUUGCAAUGCAUCCAUAUGGGUAUUUCCAAGUAGGUUGGAACAUUUUUGAUAGCAUAAUAGUGUUCCUUGGUUUAGCAGAACUUUUUAUAGCGUAUAUUGAAGGACUGGCUGUUUUUCAAUCAUUCAGGAUGUUGAGAAUUUUGAAGUUGGGGAAGUAUUGGCCAACGUUCCAGAUUUUAAUGUGGUCUCUUAGUAACUCAUGGGUGGCCCUGAAAGACUUGGUCCUGUUGUUGUUCACGUUCAUCUUCUUUUCUGCUGCAUUCGGCAUGAGGCUGUUUGGUCAGAAUUAUGAAGAAUUUGUCUGUCACAUAGACAGAGAUUGUCAACUUCCACGCUGGCACAUGCAUGACUUUUUCCACUCCUUCCUGAAUGUGUUCCGAAUUAUCUGUGGAGAGUGGAUAGAGACCUUGUGGGACUGUAUGGAGGUCGCAGGCCAAUCCUGGUGUAUUUCUUUUUACCUGAUGGUCAUUUUAAUUGGAAAUUUACUGGUACUUUACCUGUUUCUGGCAUUGGUGAACUUAUUUAGUUCAUGCAAGAAAGUAACAGCUGAAGAGAAUGAUGAAGCAAAAAAUCUCCAGCUUGCUAUGGCAAGGAUUAAAAAAGAAAUAAACUAUGUGCUUCUUAAAAUACUAUGCAAAAAACAAAAUAUCCCAAAGGAGACAAUGGACCGUGUAAAUGAGGUAUAUGUUAAAGAGGAUAUUUCUGACCAUACCCUUUCUGAAUUGAGCAAUACCCAAGAUUUUCUCAAGGAUAAGGAACAAAGCAGUGGCACAGAGAAAAACACGACUGAAAAUGAGAACCAAUCGCUUAUCCCCAGUCCUAGUGUCUCAGAAACAGUACCAAUUGCUUCAGGAGAAUCUGAUAUAGAAAAUCUGGAUAAUAAGGAGAUUCAGAGUAAGUCUGGUGAUGGAGGCAGCAAAGAGAAAAUAAAGCAAUCUAGCUCAUCUGAAUGCAGUACAGUUGAUAUUGCUAUCUCUGAAGAAGAAGAAAUGGUCUAUGGACAUGCAAGGUCAAAGCAUCCUAAAAAUGGCUAUGGACGUGCAUCUUCACUUGGUCAAAUCAGUGGAGCAUCUAAGAAAGGAAAAAUCUGUCGGAACAUCAGGAAAACUUGCUGCAAGAUCGUAGAGAACAAUUGGUUUAAGUGUUUUAUUGGUCUUGUUACUCUGCUCAGCACUAGCACUCUAACUCUUGAAGAUAUAUAUAUCGAUCAGAGAAAGACAGUUAAAAUUUUAUUAGAAUAUGCUGACAUGAUCUUCACUUACAUCUUCAUUCUAGAAAUGCUUCUAAAAUGGAUGGCAUAUGGUUUUAAAGCCUAUUUCUCUAACAGCUGGUACAGGCUGGACUUCAUGGUUGUUAUUGUGUUUUGUCUUAGCUUAAUAGGGAAAACUCGGGAAGAACUAAAACCACUUAUUUCCAUUAAAUUUCUUCGGCCCCUCAGAGUUCUAUCUCAGUUUGAAAGAAUGAAGGUGGUUGUGAGAGCUUUGAUCAAAACAACCUUACCCACUUUGAAUGUGUUUCUUGUCUGCCUGAUGAUCUGGCUGACUUUUAGUAUCAUGGGAGUACACUUAUUUGCUGGCAAGUUCUAUGAAUGCAUUGACCCAACAAGUGGAGAAAGGUUUCCUUCAUCUGAAGUCAUGAAUAAGAGUCAGUGUGAAAGCCUUCUGUUUAAUGACUCCAUGCCAUGGGAAAAUGCAAAACUGAACUUUGAUAAUGUUGGAAAUGGUUUCCUUUCUCUGCUUCAACUAGCAACAUUUAAUGGAUGGAUCACUAUUAUGAAUUCAGCAAUUGAUUCUGUGGCAAUAAAUAUGCAGCCUCGUUUUGAAGACAACAUCUACAUGUAUUAUUACUUUAUCAACUUUAUUAUACUUGGAGUAUUUCUUCCACUGAGUAUGCUGAUUAGUGUUAUUGCUGAUAAUUUCAACAAGCAUAAAAUAGAGCUGGGAGGCUCAAAUAUCUUUAUAACAGUUAAGCAGAGGAAACAGUACUCCAGGCUGAAGAAGCUAAUGUAUGAGGACUCUCAAAGACCAAUACCUCGCCCACGAAACAAGCUCCAAGGACUCAUUUUUGACUUGGUAACAAGCCAAGUUUUUAAUGUCAUCGUUAUGGUUCUUAUAUGUUUCCAAGCAAUAGCCAUGAUGAUAGACACUGAUGAACAUAGUCUACAAAUGUACAUUGCUCUCUACUGGAUUAACUUAAUUUUUGUUGUUCUAUAUACCAUGGAAUGUAUACUGAAGCUCAUCGCUUUCCGUUGUUUUUAUUUCACCAUUGCAUGGAACAUUUUUGAUUUUAUGGUGGUUAUUUUCUCCAUCACAGGACUAUGUCUGCCUAUGACAGUAGGCUACUACCUUGUGCCUCCUUCACUUGUGAAACUGAUACUUCUCUCACGGAUCAUUCACAUCCUGCGUCUUGGAAAAGGACCAAAGGUGUUUCAUAAUCUUAUGCUUCCUUUGAUGCUCUCCCUCCCGGCAUUAUUGAACCUCAUUCUUCUCAUCUUCCUGGUUAUGUUCAUCUAUGCCAUAUUUGGAAUGUACAAUUUUGCCUAUGUUAAAAAAGAAGCUGGAAUUAAUGAUGUGUCUAACUUUGAAACCUUUGGCAGCAGUAUGCUCUGUCUUUUUCAAGUUGCAAUAUUUGCUGGUUGGGAUGGGAUGCUUGUUGCAAUUUUCAACAGCAAAUGGUCUGAUUGUGAUCCUGAUAAAAUUAACCCUGGCACUCAAGUUAGAGGAGAUUGUGGGAACCCUUCUGUUGGGGUUUUGUAUUUUGUCAGUUAUAUCCUCAUAUCAUGGGUGAUCAUUGUAAAUAUGUAUAUUGUUGUUGUCAUCGAGUUUUUAAAUAUUGCUUCUAAGAAGAAAAACAGGACUUUGAGUGAAGAUGAUUUUAGGAAAUUUUUUCAGGUAUGGAAAAGGUUUGAUCCUGAUAGGACCCAGUACAUAGACUCUAGUAAGCUUUCUGAUUUUGCAGCUGCUCUUGAUCCUCCUCUUUUCAUGGCAAAACCAAACAAGGGCCAGCUUAUUGCUUUGGACCUCCCCAUGGCUGUUGGGGACAGAAUUCAUUGCCUCGAUAUCUUACUUGCUUUUACAAAGAGAGUUAUGGGUCAAGAUGUGAGGAUGGAGAAAGUUCUUUCAGAGAUAGAAUCAGGGUUUUUGUUAGCUAACCCUUUUAAGAUCACAUGUGAGCCAAUUACAACUACUUUGAAACGAAAACAAGAGGCAGUUUCAGCAACCAUCAUUCAACGUGCUUACAAAAAUUACCGCUUGAGGCGAAAUGACAAAAAUACAUCAGAUAUUCAGAUGAUAGAUGGUGAUGGAGAUGUUCCUGCUACUAAAGAAGGUGCCUAUAUUGACAAAGCUAAGGAAAAAUCACCUAUUCAAAGCCAGAUCUAAUCCCACUUACCACCUCUUUGCAAUUUUCUUCACAUAUCUGAAAAAUAUUGAAAGCUUAAACCAGAAAUAAAAUAUCAGAAAAAGCAGAGAUAAAGAUCAGUUCUUUACAACCCAUGGUAAUUAAGCUUGUAUUCACAAGACUUCAUGCCAAAUUGACUGUUUGGCACUAUAUCUAACCAAUCAAGACAACCCUUAAUAUUGCUGCAGUGAGUUUAAAGCAGGUUAAAGUGGCCGUUUGACAAUCUCAUCUUUGUUUUCUUUAGGUGGCUUAUAUUAUUCGUACCUUCUAGGGAAUGAAGGGAAAUGGUGAUAUAGAUACUCCGCAGCAGGGGCUUUCUUUUAUAUUUUAUGUCUAAUUUAGUGGGCUUCAAGUUGCCACUAUUAAGACUUACUUACAAAUAAGCAAAUACUUUCCUGAUAUGUGAUGGUGAAAUGCUCCUGGCCAUUAAAUCAUAAACUUGCCUAGACAAAUGCCAAUUGUAAGGAGAGGGCAGUUACUUAGAAAGUGUCUUUGAGAUCAAUCACAGAGAUUCCUGGGGUGAUUAACAUUGCAUUUGAAAAAGAUUGGCUGAAGCUCUAUGUUCAUUUUUGUAUGUUCUGUUUUCUUUAUAUUUUGGAACUGGCAAUGAAAAAGAUUUCGCUGUUCUCUGGUUCCUGGUUUCUCAUUCUCUUUGGCUAGUUCCAUUUAAGCUCUGACUCUUGAACAGGACAGAUUCGUAAAACAAGCAUAAAGGAGAGUUAUGACCUAAAAUUUUUUUGCAUUUUCUUCUCGUUUACAUCUAUUUUUUAUACAUUUACUAAAAAUGACCUAAUAGGUAAUAGGUUAAUAGACU